AUGACAGUCACUGCGCAGCAACUUGAUGAUACUUUGUCCUCGGCCAAUUUGGCCAAGGACAAGUUCACACCAGUUGACCACUCCAACAUCCCUUUCGAGGAUGAAGAAUGGCCAGUCAUAAUAAUUGGUUCCAGCAUGGUUGGCAAGACCCUUGGUCUUCUCCUCGGUUAUCACGGUUUAAGCAUUAAAUCGGUCUCGUUUGAUCGCCACUCCAAAGCCGGAGCUCACCCCCGGGCAGCGGGCAUCAACUUCCGAACGAGCGAGAUCCUCCGCCAAUUGGGCUUGGAAGAAUUCACUCUGGAGCAGAGCGGUAAAGAGUUUGAUCUCAAUGCCGGUAUGCUUAUUGUCGAAAAGCUUGUGGGCGGCAAAGUUAUAAAACAUCUUCAAGAGCACGAUCCUGAACAUGUUAGGAGCUUUACUCCUUCCAACUGGGUAUGGAUAUCGCAACGAAUGUUUGAGCCCAUUUUGGGCCAGAAUGCAGAAAGGUUCAACAGCGAGCAGCGCCAUGGCCAUCAAGUCCUUCUCUAUGAGGAACAAGAGGAUCAUGUUGUUGUCGUCGUCAAGGAUCUCAACACUGGCAAGAUCAAGAAGUACAAGACGCCAUAUGUGGUUGCAUGCGAUGGCAAUCGAAGUCCGACCCGUCAAAAUGAGGGUAUCAGCUGGGAUGGGCCAGGUGUUCUUCGAAACAGUCUCGGAGUCAGCUUCAAGUCAGACUUGAGUCCUUUCAUCGGCAAGAGAAUGGUUCACGGAGUUGUCUAUGUGGCAAACAAGGACAUCGGUGGAGGCUUUCGAUUGGAGAACGAAGGAAAGCAAGGCAUUAUCAUGGUUAAUAAUGUCGGAUCCAAGACCAGCUUCGAGCCCGGAACUGUAACAACGGACGAUGCCAAACAAUACUUUUAUCAAUUGUCCGGCUUGACUCCUGACCAGGUGGAUCCUCAAAUCGUAUCGAUGAACUACUGGACUAUGGCGGCAUACACUGCUGGACGCUUCGAGAGCAAGGGCGGCCGUGUUUUCCUUGCUGGAGACUCGGCCCACACUAUGCCACCCACUGGAGGCUUGGGGGGAAAUACUGGAAUAGCUGAUGCUCAUAACCUUGCAUGGAAGUUGGCAUACGUCUUAUCCGGAAAGGCCUCGCAUUCGUUGCUUGCAACGUACAACAUUGAGCGACAACCCGUUGAUGAAUUUACCGUCAACCAGGCAUACAAUCGCUUCCAAAAUAGGAUCGUUAUGCAGAAGCCUCCAGCUUCAGAAGCCCCGGAUGAGUCUAUUGAGCUGGGUUUCAGGUAUCCUCGCGGAGGAGCGUUUGUCCCUGAGGAGAAGUACUCAACUCCCAAGGAGCUCUACGAUGAUCCAGCUUUCCCCUCGGCUGUUCCUGGAUCUAGAUUCCCUCAUUCCUAUCUCGACGAUGUCAUUUCAUCCGGCAAACCGAUCUCAACGAUUGACUUGGUGAAGAGGAACUUUGUUCUCAUCACAAUAGAUCCUAACUCCCCUUGGAUUGCCGCCGCCAGCAAAGUUGAGAUUGAGAUUGAUGUCUAUACUUUGAAUGCUACAUCAUCUCCUUAUAGAGACACAAAAGGCGACGUUGAGAAGAAAUGCCGUCUGAAGCCGGGUGAGGCGAUCAUGGUGCGACCUGAUGGGUUUAUUGCUUGGCGAGGUACGAGGGUUGAUAGUGGACAUGAGGAAAAGUUGAAAGGUGGAAUCAAUGCGGUUCUGAGAAAGUAG